AUGGGAGAAAAAGAAAAUGAAGAUAAAUGUUCAAGUAAACAAGAGAAGAGAUACGGAGUCAUAGCCGACUUCCGCCCACAUGCUCUCGGCAAGGACGGACGUGGGGCAGCCAGCGAGCCCGGGACUACAAAGUGCGUGAGCCAAGGGAAUGGGGGCGAGGCGAGAACGGCUACGGGGCUACAGCUACGACUGGGGGGGGGGGGGGAUGUUGGUGAGGGUGACGGGGGUGGCGAUGCAGCUGAUGGUGCUACAACUGCUACGACUGAUGCCAUUACUGCUGCUACAACUGCUACUAUUUUUACAACUAAUGCUACUACAACUGCUGCGACUGAUGUCAUUACUAUUGCUACAGCUGCUACUGCUUCUACAACUGAUGCUACUACAACUUCUACAUCUGAUAUUAUUACUACUACAACAGCUGCUACAUCUGAUAUUAUUACUACUACUACAACUACCGCUUCUAUACCUGAUGCUACUACAACCGCUAUAAUGGAUUUCAAUACUACUGCUACAACUGCUACUGCUUCUACAACUGAUGCUACUACAGCUGAUACCAUUGCUACUGCUACACCUGCUUCUGUAACUGAUGCUACUACUACUGCUACAACUACUACUACAGCUGCUGAUGCUACUAUUACUGGCACCCAUGCUACCGAUACCUUACAACUGACACUACUACAUCUGCGACAACUACUACAGCUGCUGAUGCUAAUAAUAGCACGAAGAAAACACAUGAGUCAGCAAGAAAUAGCCGACACAGGCCGGCAUGCUAAAUAUGCUAAAGUAUGUAUGCUUAAGUAUACCCAGUAUGCUAAAGUAUGCUUACACCCAGUAAACAAAAAGUAUGCUUAUGUAUCCCGCUCUGCUGAAGUAUGCCAAAGUAUACCCGCUACGCCAGAGUCCCGGUACCAGGAAGUCCAGUGGCAGCACAAGGCCGCUGCGGGACAAGGUAGGCCGGCGUGGCAGGGCGGAAUACCUCCGAGGGCCGUGGCAGCUCCUCCCCGCCUCCUCAUACCGCCCACCCAGUAUAACGACCACACGCACGGUCACAUGACUUGCACAGCGCCUCUGAUUCACUGCAGCACAUCAGGGAGUCGAAAGCCCAGUGUCUUAACUUACUCCUUCCAUGGGCACUUAUGCCACAUGGGGGGCAAGCCGGCCUUUGUGGGAUCGCCGGCGGAAGAAUGGAGCUACAGCGUGGAGGUCGGCGCCGAUGCCACUUGGACGAAGAAGGAGGACGUGAAGAGGAUCCAGCCUCCUGAAGAUGCAGAGUGUACAUGUGCCGACGGGGCGCUGGAGUGCAAAGACAGCGAGGGUAUGUGCGCAUGCGUCGGCCCCGAGAUGGUAUGUAAUGGGUAUGAAGAUUGUCCCAACGGAGAAGAUGAACUACAGUGCCAAGAUAUACAUAGUUGUCCAGGCUACAAGUGCGCGAGCGGGCAGUGCCUUAUCACAAAGGACGCGGAGUGUGACAACGUGCAAGACUGCGAUGAUUACAGUGACGAGAUCGGAUGCGGCCUCACCCACUUCAAACCGGACUGCAGCGCUCCCGACCAGUUCACUUGCGCAGAUGGCAACUACUGCAUAUCUGUAUCGUGGCUUUGUGACCGUGAUUUCGACUGCCAUGACCGGUCUGAUGAGGCAAACUGUUCGUCUGUACACACGUGUGGCACCUCCUACCACCGCUGCGGAGACGGGCACUGUAUUUUCAUCACGUGGGUUUGCGACUCGGAACCAGACUGUGUCGAUGGCUCAGACGAACUCAUAUGUGCCCGUGAAGGAGAGCACACGUGUCGGUCCGACCAGAUCACGUGUGUUGUGGACGGCCGCUGCGUCAUGAAACACUACGCGUGCGACGGGAAGAACGACUGCGGCGACUGGUCUGACGAACGCGACUGCAACACCUCCUCUUGCAACCCGAAUGAUUUCAGGUGUCGAGGGGGGGCCUGCAUCGACUUCCACUGGGUGUGUGACGGGUCAGAGGACUGUGAUGGGGGCGAGGACGAGGAUAACUGCCCUGACCCCGCCGAUGACCUUGGACCUUUCAUUACGAGACAGGAGUGCCCCGAAGGCCACCUCUACUGCCCUCCCAGAUGCGUGUCUCCGGAGUGGCAGUGCGACGGCCACAACGACUGCCCCAACGGAGAGGACGAGACUCACUGUGAGAUCACUUGCGCCACGGAGGAAUUCACGUGCUCGUCCGCCAUGUGCAUUCCCUGGAGCCACGUGUGCGACGGCCACCAGCAGUGCCUGCAUGGCGAUGACGAGUUCAAGUGCCAGACCGUCGAGUGCGAGGACCAAGGCUGCUCAGACGCCUGCCACUUCGACGGGGAGACGUGUCUGUGCCAACCCGGCUUCACUCUCGCCAAGGACAACGUCACGUGAGUACUGCCUUGUCGUAUUUUUUCAUUACAUUUACUCUACUUAUUUAUUUCAUUUACUU